UUCUUCAGCAAUGACGUCUUCUUCCGACGACGAGGGGGAGAAGUACCUCUUCAAAAUCGUCAUAAUAGGCGACUCCGCCGUCGGAAAAUCCAACCUCCUCUCCCUCUACGCCAGAAACGAGUUCAGCCUCCACACAAAGGCCACCAUUAGGGUCGAGUUCCAGACGAAAACGCGCGAUAUCGACGGAAAGGAAGUCAAGGCUCAGAUUUGGGAAACCGCCGGCCAGGAGAAGUUCCGCGCCGUCACCUCCGCCUACUGCCGCGGAUCCUUCGGCGUGCUCGUCGUCUAUGACAUCUCCCGGUGAUCUACCUUCGACAAUAUUCCCCGAUGGCUCGAUGAACUCAAGAGUACGUCUCGUUUUCCCCCCCCUUUCUGCUUGCUUAAUCUGAAUCAUCAAUUUCGUUUCUCGAAAUCGCGGAUGCUAUAGAUGACUUCAUUUGUUCUGCUUCUUAAUCUGGAAUGAUCAAUUUUGAAAUCGAGGAUGAGAUAGAUUUUAGUUCAUUUGUUCUGAUUGGAAGUAAAAUGAUAGAAUAAUCGAUUUGCUUGAUUGUAUACAAAUUGCUUGAGGAAAUUGGAGUCCGUUUCAAUCUCCUGUUGCAUAACACACAUUCCAGCCAGGGCACAAGUUUGAAACAGAUCUGAUUUUUUUUGGAUGUCGAAAAAAUUGAACUAUUUCCGGCAUUGAUUAGUUGCUGAUAUGAAAACUAUAUACUCUGAUAGAAUAUAUGGUUAUGUUUGAUUAUCUGUCACACAUUUAUGCUUUGCAUAUAUUUGCAAUUUUUUACAUUAGAGUGUCAAAUCUUUGGUAUUCUUCAUUUCUAAGUCUUUGUAUGAGAAAUCAUAUUGACUAUUG